AUGCUAUCGCUCUGUUUGUUGACGGCCAUCAUUCUCCAUGUAUCAUCCUCCACCGCCGCCUCCCCGGAUGCAGCAGAGUUUACAUCAUGGUAUAACCCGCCGAAUUUCCGGGGCACGUGGGACUUGGUAGUAUCCUGCGUGUUGACCUUGGUCCUCUGCGUCUGGUCGGCACUGCAUCUCAAUGUCCCCACGGAGCACUCGAAGCUCCGCCAGCGGAACCUCAAACGCGCGAGGUGGAUCGUGCUCGGUAUUUUUGCUCCCGAGUUGGUGGUUUCGUCUGCUUUUGCUCAGUUCUUGACUGCUUCGUGGUUGCGCCGCGAGAUUUUGAAGGAUGUUGAAUAUCGCCGGCAAGAGGGCACCAAUGCGGCCUGGAGCAAUGAGCAGCAGCUGAAAGAAUGGACCAUAGCGCAAUGCUAUUAUGCCGUCAUGGGAGGAAUCCGUAUCGAGACGGGCGACUGCAUCGAUGACGAUCGAAGACUCAGUCUAACAGCAGAGGGUGUCCGAAUGCUCUCCUUCUUAGGCCGCCUCCCACAUGUCCCAAAAAACGUGAUCCGUGACAAGAGCAAAGCUGACGGCUUGGCCAAGACGAUUGUCGUUCUCCAGGCCACUUGGAUGAUCAUACAGGUUCUGGCUCGCGUGCAACAAAAACUGCCCGUUACCCUGCUCGAAAUCAACACCAUCGGCCAUGUCCUGUGCGCUUUUGCCCUGUAUGCGUUAUGGUGGAGCAAACCGCUCGAGAUCAAAGAUGCCACCUUGAUCCGACAUGAAGAAUGGAUGGACGAAUUCGUAGCCUUCUUCUACAUGUGUAGCCCCGUCUCAUGGCACAACAACGACUUCAUCAGCGAGAUGAGAUGCAUGUCGUACACGCCCCCCUCCCAGCGGGAAACCUCUGCAAGCACUCCCAAUGAUGUCGGUCGACCAGUCGACAAACUUGACAAGACGUACUUCUCCAUUGGCUCCAUCGGCGCCAAAGACCCCAAAAAGUUCAUCGGACCCCUAGACAGCUUCCAAGUCGCCGGCGACGCGACCGAGAAAUCCGCAGACGCCGCUCGAGGAGCCCACAACGCAACCUACUCGAUCCCCAAACAAUCAUUCCAACCAGCCGACGAACACAAAAUCUUCCUCUCUCUCCAACGCACCGAGCCCAACUACGGCCUCAAACACUCCACCGUCUACUGCCGACGCGCCCUCCGAGACUGCACGCACCACGAGCCCCUUCCACCCAGCGCAAUCACCCGCUGGCGUCUAGCCAACCACCUCACCGACAAACUCUGGCUCGCAUGCCAACAGCGCCCAGCCUACCGCGCCUUCUUCUUCACCACCUCAACCCUCGGCACCUUUGUCGGCGAACUCAUCUACGUCGCAGACGUCAUCCCAAACUUCCCGGGCCUCUCGUACCUAGGCUCCGUAAACGUCCACCACAACCGCCUCAAAGCCGUCGUCGCCGUCGCCGGCUCCGCCUACGGCGGCCUCCACCUCUCCGCCUGGAACGACCACUUCCCCUCCCCGCUCGAGCGCUGGCUGUGGAUCGCCUGCUCCCUCGCCACCGGCGCCGUGGGCAUCCUCCUCGCCCUCUUCUUCCUCGCCACCCACCGAUUCCCCGCCUUCGAACACCUCGAGCAUUUUGUGCGCAAUUCUCGCGUCGCCAGGUGGUUCGGUCUCGGCGUUUUGAUCCCCGUUUUCUUGGUCGGCAGGGUGUUUAUCGUGCUCGAGGCUUUUUUGAGCUUGAGGUCCGCGCCUGUCGAUGUUUAUAGGACGCCCGAGUGGUCCGAGUAUAUUCCGCAUCUCUAAGUUGGAAAACAAUCAGCGUCCGAGUGGAGUCAUCACAAGCGCAUGUGUUCUGUAUGAGAGAUGGCUAUAUAUCACAUUAUUGUUCAAGAAAUUUAGCAAGUCGUUGCAUCUGAUUGAAUGCUAUGGUGUCUUCUUCCUCUUCCUCUUCCUCUUCCUCUUCCUCUUCCUCUUCCUCUUC